UCGUUGGUUGUUGGUUGAGGUCAGCAUUGUUUUGCUGAUAGUUGGCAGAGAUAAUAAUUAUGGGAGCAUUAUCGCGGAGCUGCAUUAUAUGUGGACUUUGUUAUUCCAAUAACAUGUCGAGCAAUAAUAUUGUCUGCGAGUGUCAUAGUAAAAAACAGGACUACUACUCAAAUUCAUCAACAAACAUGUUGAGGACCACAUUGAGUCAAAUUCCAUCAAGGGUGGGACCACAGAUAGAUUACAUGCUUUCAUCGUCUGUCUUGGCCAGAAGAUGGCCCAGAAGCCUGUCCGUUUCAUGGCAUUCAACAGCAGCAGAACAGAAGCAAGAAGUGAAAUUACCGCCACUCCCUGUACCACCUCUCCAAAGCACUUUGCAGAAACUGUUAAAGACUGCAAAACCUCACCUGUCUUCAAGUGAACUUUGUGACACAAUUAAAGCAAUUGAAGACUUUGGGAAAAAAGGUGGUAUUGGUGAAGAAUUGCAGGCCAGAUUGGAAAAUAGAGCCAACACCAAAAGAAACUGGCUUGAAGAUUGGUGGCUGGCCUGCUCUUAUCUGGGAUACCGAAGCCCAGUUGUGGUUCAUUCAAGCCCUGGUCUUGUAUUUCCUCUACAAAAAUUUAAUGAUGUAAAUGACCGCUUAUUGUAUGCUGCUCGUACUAUUGUGGGUGCCUUGAACUAUAAAUUAAUGAUUGACAAUGGCAAGAUUCCUCAGGAUAAACAAGGCAACAAUCCCUUGGAUAUGAUCCAGUAUUCAAGAAUAUUUGGAGUGAACCGUGCUCCGGAUAUGCCAUUGGAUCGUUUGCGUUUUGCUGAUCCCAACUGUCCACCCAAACAUAUCACCGUUGUUCAUAACAAUCAGUUUUUUAAGGUCCCAGUGUUUAAUGAGAGGGGUCAAGUUCUUGAUGAAACACAACUUCUGUUCAUGUUGAAGAAUGUUAUUGAUAAUUCCAAAACGCCUGGCCCACCUGUUGGUAUUUUAACAAGUGCUCCGCGAGAUGAUUGGAGCAAAGCAUAUAAAGAACUGUCUUGCAUAAAUAAUGGAGUGAAUAAGAAGUCAAUUGAAGAAAUUGAAUCAUCCUUGUUUGUACUUGCUUUGGAUCAAAAGAAUCCUGAAAUGCCUGUCUCAAUGGAUAAGAGAACAGUGGCUGCUCUUCAGAUGUUGCAUGGCUUGGGAAGCUUCUGUAAUAGUGGAAACAGGUGGUUUGACAAGACCAUCCAGUUCAUCGUGGGAACUCAUGGAGAAGUAGGUUUAUGCUAUGAGCACAGCCCUGCAGAGGGUCAGCCAGUAGCAGUUAUGAUGGACUUCAUUCUUAAGCACAUAUCAUCGUGCAAAAAUGAAUUUGUAAAAGAAGUUACCUGCCCGAGACCUGAACCACUGCCCUUUGUUUUAAAUAACACCCUGGAAUGUGCUAUUAAAGAUGCUUCAAGGCAGAUUGACAGUUUAAUUGCAGAUGUUGACAUGAAAGCUUAUUCAUUCAAAGGCUAUGGUAAGGAUUUCCCAAAGCAAAACAAAAUGAGCCCUGAUAGCUUCAUUCAAAUGGCUAUGCAAUUGGCAUUUUAUAGAAUUCAUGGGGUACCUGCUGCAACUUAUGAGACUGCUAGCACUCGCAUGUUUUUGGGUGGUAGAACAGAAACAAUUCGCUCAUGUUCUGAAGAAUCCACCCUCUUCUGUAAAACAAUGCUUGACAAUUGUGCAAGCAUAGAUGAUAAGUUUAAAUCUCUGAAGACUGCUGUAAAUGCCCACAGAGCAUACACUAUGGAAGCAUCUAAAGGUCUAGGUGUUGACCGCCAUCUUUUUGGUUUGAAGCUGAUUGCUCAAGAAGCCAACAUGGAUUUACCUGCACUCUACUCUGACCCAGGCUACACCCGCAGUGCACGCAUGCGGAUAUCAUCCAGUCAAGUGGCUGCUUCUGUUGAGGCAGUUAUGUGCUAUGGACCCUUAGUUCCUGAUGGUUAUGCUUGCUGUUACAAUCCUUUACCUCAACAAAUGAUGUUUGCAAUUUGUGCUAUGAAUCAGUGUCCAGAAACUAGUGCAGAAACUUAUGCCAAUGCACUUGAAUCAUCCCUACUGGACAUGCAAAAAGUUGUGUCAUCCUGCAGCAACUUGCAAUCAAAACUAUAGUUGCAUAUUUUGCUAAAGCCUUGCUCUGCAAGCUCCUUAAAUACCCUGGUAUGAAAUUUGAUUUUGGUGGGGUUUAAAGUAUUUGUGUACUUAUAUUUUAAUUUUUAUAGUGUGUGUGCCAUGAAGUGCUGCCUUGUAUUCUGUUAUUGCAGUAUUCUCUAAUAAUCUCAUUUCAUACUGUGGUCAAAGAAAUGAGUUUGUUUUAGCCAUAAGUCAUUCCUAAAUUUAUUUUCAUAGAACUUGGUUUAUUUUACUAUCUUCACAAAAUUUGAUGUAUUUACUGUAGGUUGUGUACAAUCCUCUUGCCCUCAUAUAGUUUUGUAUUUAACUCUAUUUUUCUAUGUUUCCUUUUAUGGUUGUUCUUUUUCUUUACUGUAUUUUGAGACUGCAUUCAGAAUUUCAAUAAUUUUUCAUCUCUAACAAUUGAGAGGAUUUAGACUGUUACUAAUA